GCCGGGCCGGGCCGGGGCGGCCCAAGAUGGCGCGGGGUCGGCGGCGCUCGCCGGCAGCCUCCGCCUGAGCGCCCGGGGCGGCGGUGAGGUUUCAUGCGCCGGUGCGACCGACCACGGCUGGCUCCUGCGCGAUGGAGGGCGGCGAGCUGGGCGUGGAGAACAUGGAGACCCUAACAGAGCUGGGCGACGAGCUCACCCUCGGCGACAUCGACGAGAUGCUGCAGUUUGUCAGUAACCAGGCAGGGGACUUCCCAGAUCUGUUUUCAGAUCACUUGUGUGGCACCUUCCAAGGCAAUGGCAGCAGUGGCAGCAGCAGCAGCAGCAGCGGGACCCUGGAGCCACAGCGGUCGUACAGCCAGGCGCAGCUCCAGCCCUUCCCACCAGCCCCUGCCUCCCCCCAACUCCAGACUCUACCAGUCAAAGCAACACAGGCAACACCUCCAGCCCCUCCACGGUCAGCCCCUCUCCUUCAGCCCCGGCCCCCACUCCAGCCUCAGCCUCAGCUCCAGCAGCAGGCCGUGAUGAUUGCACCAACGUUCAGCUCCGCACCUCAGACCAGGAUUAUCCAGCAGCCAGUCAUCUACCAGAAUGCAGCCACAAGCUUCCAAGUUCUCCAGCCUCAAGUCCAGAGCUUGGUGACAUCCUCCCAGGUUCAACCAGUUACCAUCCAGCAGCAAGUGCAGACCGUGCAGGCCCAGCGAGUGCUAACGCAGGCUGCCAACGGUACCAUCCAGACCUUAACACCAGCCACAGUCCAGACAGUUGCUGCCCCACAGGUCCAGCAAGUUCCAGUUUUGGUCCAACCUCAGAUCAUAAAAACGGACUCCCUUGUGCUGACAACCCUGAAAACAGAUGGUAAUCCUGUUAUGGCUGCAGUACAGAACCCAGCACUGACGGCACUCACCGCUCCCAUUCAGACCACAGCUCUGCAGACCCUUGUUGGGAGCAAUGGCACCAUUUUAACAACAAUGCCAGUGAUGGUGGGACAAGAAAAGAUGCCUAUCAAACAAGUUCCUGGGGGUGUCAAGCAACCAGAACCACCUAAAGAAGGAGAGAGGAGAACAACUCACAACAUCAUUGAAAAGCGUUACCGGUCGUCCAUCAAUGACAAGAUCAUUGAGCUGAAGGACCUUGUCAUGGGCACAGAUGCCAAGAUGCACAAGUCUGGAGUCCUGAGAAAAGCCAUCGAUUACAUUAAGUACCUGCAGCAGGCCAACCAUAAGCUGAGGCAGGAGAACAUGGUUCUGAAGCUGGCUAACCAAAAAAACAAGCUGUUGAAGGGCAUUGACCUAAGUAGUCUGGUUGACAAUGAUGUGGAUCUGAAGAUAGAUGACUUCAACCAGAAUGUGCUGCUGAUGUCUCCUCCAGCCUCUGACUCUGGAUCCCAAGCUGGCUUCUCUCCCUAUUCCAUUGAUUCGGAACCAGGAAGCCCUCUCCUCGAUGAUGCAAAGGUUAAAGAUGAGCCUGACUCUCCUCCCGUGGCCCUUGGUAUGGUGGAUCGCUCUCGCAUGCUCCUCUGUGCUCUCACGUUCCUUUGCCUUUCCUUCAACCCUCUGACUUCCCUGCUGGACGCCCGAGGAACCCCGGAGUCUGAGAGCCUGGUGCGCCACGGCUCGGGCAGGAACGUGCUGACCAUUGAGUCAGAUGCGGGUGGCUGGUUUGGCUGGAUGAUGCCCACGCUGAUCCUGUGGCUUGUGAACGGAGUGAUUGUGCUGAGCGUGUUCAUCAAGCUCCUCGCGCACGGGGAGCCGGUGACACGCCUGCACUCCAGGUCCUCGGUCACCUUCUGGAGGCACCGCAAUCAAGCAGACCUGGAUUUGGCACGGGGGGAUUUUGCCGCAGCUGCGUCAAACCUGCAGACCUGCCUGUCGGUGCUGGGCCGAGCGCUGCCGGCCUCCCGCCUGGACCUGGCCUGCAGCCUGUCCUGGAACGUGAUCCGCUACAGCCUGCAGAAGCUGGCGCUGGUGCGGUGGCUGCUGAAGAGGACCUCCCCUCAGUGGCGGGCAAGGGAGGCCAACGCAGGCUUCGAGGACGAGGCCAAGACCAGCGCUCGGGAUGCGGCUCUAGCCUACCACAAGCUCCAUCAGCUCCACAUAACAGGUAAACUUCCCUCCAGCUCAGCUUACUCGGGCUUGCACAUGGCCCUGUGUGCUGUGAAUCUGGCUGAGUGUGCAGAAGAAAAGAUCCCACCCAGCACAAUGGCAGAAAUCCACCUGACAGCUGCAGUCGGCUUGAAAACCCGCUGUGGAGGCAAACUUGGCUUCUUGGCAAGCUACUUCCUGAGCCAGGCUCAAAGCCUGUGCAGCUCGGAGCGGAGUGCCAUCCCUGACUCAUUGCGCUGGCUGUGUCACCCCCUGGGGCAGAAGUUUUUUGUGGAGCGAAGCUGGACAGUGAAGUCUGCUGCAAAGGAGAGCCUGUACUGCACCCAGAGAAACCCUGCUGAUCCUAUUGCACAAGUUCAUCAGGCGUUUUGUGAGAACCUGCUAGAGCGAGCGGUGGAUUCACUUGUGAAGCCUCAGACUAGGAAAGAAGUAGCAGGACAAGAGGAGGAGGAGGAGCCAUGCGAGUUCUCCAGUGCCAUGGAGUACCUGAAAUUGCUCAACUCUUUCUUGGACUCAAUGGGAAGUGGAGCCCCACCCUUUGCCAGCAGUUCUGUACUCAAGUCUGCCCUGGGCCCCGACGUGGUGUGCCGGUGGUGGUCGGCAGCGGUGGCGAUGGCAAUCGGCUGGCUGCGCGGGGACGAUGCGGCUGUCAGGUCACACUUUGCGGACGUGGAGCGCAUGCCAAAGACCCUGGAGACAUCAGAGAAUGCCCUGGUGAAAGCCACCUUCUACGUCUGUAAAGCCAUGCAGGCCUCACUGUCUGGGAAGGCAGAUGGACAGCAGAGCUCCCUGGGUCACUGUGAGAGGGCCAGCAGUCACUUAUGGAACAGCCUCAACAUGAGCAGCGGUGUCUCCAGCACCGUCCUCAACAACAUGAUCCAGCUGCUGGCCUGUGACUUGCUGCUCUCUCUCCGCACCAGCCUGUGGCAGAAGCAGGCGAACGCCAGCCAGGCUCUGGGUGAGACCUACCACGCCUCAGCCCCCGAGCUGACAGGUUUCCAGCGGGACCUGGGCAGCCUGCGCAAGCUGGCCCACGGCUUCAGGCCUGCCUAUCGCAAGGUCUUCCUCCACGAGGCCACGGUGCGCCUGAUGGCAGGUGCCAGCCCUACUCGCACCCACCAGCUGCUGGAGCACAGCCUGAGGCGACGCACACCACAGAGCAAUAAGCAAGGGGAACUGGACACGCUGCCGGGCCAGAGGGAGCGAGCCACAGCCAUCCUGCUCGCCUGCCGCCACCUCCCCCUCUCCUUCCUCUCCUCCCCGGGCCAGCGAGCAGUGCUGCUGGCUGAGGCUGCCCGCACCCUGGAGAAGGUGGGGGACAAACGCUCCUGCAAUGACUGCCAGCAGAUGAUCGUCAAGCUGAGUGGGGGCACAGCCAUCGCUGCCUCCUAACCCUGGCGUGGGGUCGCCCUGUGCAAAGACAGCCUGGUCACCUGUCAGCCUGGACUUCCCUUCUGGAGCUUAAAAAAAAUGAGGAGGAAAAAAAAAGAGAAAAAAGAAAAAAAAAAAGUGCUAGGCUAGGGUUGUGCUGGUGGGAUCAUGAUGGGGAGGGAGAGGGAGGGGUUGGGUUUGGUUUGGUUCUGUUUUUAACCUUGCCCCAGGUCUAGCUUUAUUAGUCCCCUUGCUUGUUCUCAGGCGCUGCAGCAGAUCUCUGUCUCGUUGUGGGGUUUGUGACCGUGCCUGGGACUGUUGGGAAGUGCUGCCCUGACCUGGAGCCCCCGUCCCUGCUGGCAGGAGAAACCUGCAAGCCCGAGGCACGGAGAAGGGACACAUCCUGUGUCUGUCCUCAGGGGCACCUUGUUCCCUUCCUCUGUGCCAGAGGAACUUUUGGGGAGGGCAGAGGAUCUGCUCAAGCCUUGCCUCAUGGGGCUGCUGAGAUCUGAGGCUGUUCCUGAGGAAGGGAGGCAUCAGCUUCCCUUUCCUUGCACUGCUUGUCAGUAAACCGAAGCCCUUCAGACCCAACUCGCAGAGGUGCUCUGGGAGUAUCGCUUGGGGCCAGUACUGCCCAGCAAAUUUCUCUACGGUUUUUAUACAGGAUUUUUUUUAUAGGAGUGUUUGUGGCUUUACAGAAAUGUAGGGAAUGAUGCAGCAAAUUUCCCUUCCUCUCCAUUUCAUCCAUCUCCUUCCUGUGAUGGCUGCAUCCGGUGGGUUGUUUUUUCUUUGCAGAGGACCGAAUUGUGGCAGCCUAACAGCAAGCAGAGCCUCGUAGAAGGCUGAGGCAUUCCUGGUUAUCUGGUGCUCUGCACUCAGCAUGAAGGGUGGAUGCUUCUCUGGUGCCUUCUGAUUGAUGCAGAAAACAUUUUUAGAAACUUUUUUUUUUCCCCCCUUCCUUAAUUUUAGUCAACUUCAAGUCCUAAAACUUGUCUUCAGGUGGUUUUUUUUUUCCUUCACUUCCCCCAACUGCUCAACAGCUCCUGCAGGGACUGGGAGGCACUGGUUCAGGGUGUGAGUCUCCAGCUCUCUUACAUUGCUAUUCAGAGCAGUUUGACCUGCAGGUGUUGAGUUGCUUGUGACUUUCCAAGAGGGGGAGGCGGAUUGGGGACAGGGAAGGAACGGGUUGCCCUCUUUCUCUCUGCCCCUCCUAUUGCAUCUCUCCAAAGAUAGUGCUAAGUGGUUGCCCUCUCACCUGUGCAAAUGUAGAAACCAACCUUUGGCAGGUCAGGGAGACAUUGCUUUCUCCUUGUGCGUAGCUGGUGUGUGUUCAGUGUCAGCAGCUAGAAGCAGUUGGAUGCAGGCAGCAGCCCAGUCCUAUCCUGCCCCAGUCAGGCCUGUACAGCCCAGUGACUCCUGCAAAAUCAGAACUUGGGAUGUUUUGCAAGAACCUUUUGCCUAUAUUCAGCUUUUGCAGAGGGGUGUGAGAGCUUGAGCUCCAUACAGAAUGAGGGUAAAAAGAUAGGGGGGGGGGUUUGUCUCCCUUUGUAUGAAGUCGUAGCAUCUGGGUGGGGGUUUGUUUUGCUGCAAAAAUUGAACACAAGUAAUGCUAGUCCUGGAGUUAGCUGGCUUCAACAGGAUGGAAACUGGGGCCAGGAGAAACCAGUCUCCCUGCAAAGCCUGUGACCAGUGAUCCUGAGCUACAGCUGUGAACAAGAGCAUGGGGACCAGAAGACACUUCCCUCCCCACCCCACUUUGUUUGGGGAAUAAUUGGUGGGCACCCAGCUGCAAUGGCCAGCAGCUUGUGCUUUUCACUGCUGGUAGGCAGGGGCUCCCUUCUUCCCAGUGUCAGCAGUCAGCGGGGAGCUCAUCCCAUUGCGGGUGAGAGGUUGCUUUUUUGAGCCUUUGAUCAGUGUAGGGGAUGCUCUGCUGGCAGCCACUGUUUUGAGCAGGUAUCCUGUGUGUGCAGAACAGUUCUGGGGUCUGGGUGGGUUUCAGUUGCCCAUGGGAAGCUUCCUGGCUUAUCAGUGAUCCUGGCUUUGGGGGUGGAUCACAUCCUCCUAUUUUUUGGUCUCCUCGUAAGCGGCUUUCAUGCUGUCUUCCCAGUCGUGGGCUUUUCCCACAAUGCAGAAACUCCUUACCUGUGGGAACCUCCACCUUAUUUUGCAUUUCCUCAGAUCAGUGUCCCAACAGGUGGGAACUUUUGUGCUUUAGUAAAAGAGGAAGUGGGAUUUUUUGGAACAGGGAGGUGCUGAGGCUUCAUUAAGU